GCAGUGAAGACCCUUCUUCCUCUUCUUUCUCUUCCUGCUUUCUGAAAGCCUGCUCCUCUUGUCACCGUGAAUGUCUUCCCUGGAGUCAUAGGGCAGUGGGGCUGGAGGGGACACCCGGAAGGCAUCUAGAGCACUGUGGGAGCAGAGCAUCCCUUUUCAAGCCACCCUGAACGUGCCAUGAUCUAAACCCUACAUAGGUCUGUGCUGGGCCAUGGCUGGCAACAGUCUUAACACCCAGACCUGUCAUAAGUAAAGCGGGAACUGCGGCAGCCAACAUCCUGCUUCUAUGAAAUAAAGGGCCUACAGCAGUUGCUCCAGUAAAUGAAGAAUCAGCUGACAAGACAAAUUUGGGGUUUAUUCAUGCUUUUGUAGCUGCUAUAUCAGUCAUCAUUGUAUCAGAACUGGGGGACAAGACCUUCUUUAUUGCAGCUAUCAUGGCGAUGCGUUAUAAUCGUUUGACUGUACUGGCUGGUGCCAUGCUUGCCUUAGGACUGAUGACGUGUUUAUCAGUUUUGUUUGGCUAUGCCACCACAGUUAUUCCCCGGGUGUACACAUACUACGUGUCAACUGCAUUGUUUGCCAUCUUUGGCAUCCGAAUGCUUCGGGAAGGCUUGAAAAUGAGCCCGGAUGAGGGCCAGGAAGAAUUGGAGGAAGUGCAAGCAGAAAUCAAGAAAAAAGAUGAAGAACUCCAGAGAACUAAGCUGUUAAAUGGGCCAGUAGAUGUAGAAACGGGGCCUGGUACAAAUAUACCUCAGAAGAAGUGGCUGCAUUUUAUUUCUCCAAUUUUUGUUCAAGCUUUUACUUUAACAUUCUUAGCAGAGUGGGGUGACCGUUCACAGUUAACAACAAUAGUCCUAGCAGCGAGAGAGGAUCCCUAUGGCGUGGCAGUGGGUGGAACAGUGGGACAUUGCCUUUGCACUGGUUUAGCGGUUAUUGGAGGACGAAUGAUAGCACAAAAAAUCUCUGUUAGGACUGUGACAAUCAUAGGAGGCAUUGUUUUCCUGGCAUUUGCAUUCUCUGCACUAUUUAUAAGCCCAGACUCUGGUUUUUAAUGAGCUUUAUCUUUAAAGAGCAAGGAUCAAGAGCAAAAGUGGGUCCUUGUAAUUUCUGUAUAUAAUGUACAGUAAUAUAGUUAUACAAGCACUGAAGAUGACACUGUACUUUUAUUAGCAAUGAUUUGCAAGUUUGGCACUCUGCUGGACAUUUUUCUGCGAUGGAGAUAUGCUGAUUGUCUGGUUUUGCAGAGCAUAUUUUUUGUGGUGCUUGCUCCUCCCUUGGGCAGUGAGUAGCUUUUUAUAGCUGUCCCUGGCUCAGAUGGAUUUGAGAAUCUGCAUCUACAAAUACAAGGUCUCUUUCCUCCUUUCUCUGUUGCAUGUGGCUACCAUUGCCACUUCUAGAUCUUAUGCAUCUGACUGGAUGACAGGCCUUCUGCAGCUGGCAGUAAUAUGAUGUUACAAACUGCUCCAUAAAAAAUAUCACCUUGAAGUCCAACACUUUGAUUCCAGGAUGCAUCUGAUCUUGGGUAGACUGCACAGCAAGAAACUGAAGAGCAGUUCCUUACCAACAAACAAGAGCCACCUACAGAGAAUUUUUAAAUUUACUUUAAAGGGAAAACUGAUAAUCAGGGGGUUUUAUCAGGAAGUUGACAAGUGCUGAUUCACAACCUGCUGUUUCAAUAUACAAUCUGUCUAGAUAUGAUUUUUCUUUACUGGACUAGUUCCUUUUUUGUAUUAAGUUGAAAACUACAAACAUACGUCAGAGUAACAAAAUGGUCCAGAUAUGACCGCAUUGCAUUCCCAGCAUUUGAACAAUAAUGGAUUUAGAUUUGAUGCAUUAAAAAUAUUAUUUUUAGAAAUUAGAAGUGUAAACUGGAGGAACCAUAAAUAAAACAGUGGUGUCUCUAUUUCAGUUAUUUUUUCAACUGCCUUUGUGAUGUUUUACUUGACCCCUUAAUAAAGAGCAACAUACUAGCUACUUAUUAAAGGUCAUGGAAGGAAUUGUUUUUUGUUUUUAUCCAGCCAUUAUUGUAAAGGACUAUGUGAACUUUUAUUCUUGGAGUAUAGUAAUUUUUAACAGCUGGCUAAUUGAACUGUUUGUGUAAUUACCUUUUACUACUUAAACAAUGGUUCUGAAUUCA